CUGUGGGAGAGGGAGUUUCUUCCCUCAUUGGUUUAUUACUUGCUCCAUCUAAAUUACCAUUGGACAAUGAAUCCCGUCACCAUUGGGAUUAUGGAUGUGCUGUUUGUUUGUGAUGUCAACAUGGAGAGAGAUGACAAUCAAGAAAAGGGAGAGAUGGAGGAGAUAAAGAGUGAGAAUCCAUCCUCUGACUGCACACUGUCAACUGGUUCUGCUGAUCUCACUCAUGCUCUGCCCUCUGAAAUUCACACAGUUCCUGAGCCUGCUGGGCCAGUGGGAGAAGACGACGGCACCAAUGUGACUUUAGAGGAGCCUAAGAAUCCACCUCCAUCAGAAACUAUGGGUGAGGAGGGGACCCAGGAACUAGAACCGGCCCCUGAUCAGGAACUAGAACCGGCCCCUGUCCAGGAACUAGAACCGGUCCCUGACCAGGAACUAGAACCGGCUCCUGACCAGGUAAAAGAUGAAGAGACUGAUGAGUGCAAUAAGACAGAAUAUCAUAACAGUUCAGGUGGUCAACCAGAGACUGUGCCAGAAGAGGCUUCAUCUUCAGCUGAGAAUGUGCAGGACGACUCAGGGGAGUUUGUGGUCACUAUGUUGGCCAGAGGUAAACUGGAGGAACAAGAUAUGGGAGUGAAGGGGAUGUCCUCUACACUUUCAGAGACUGGCGCCCCAGAGGCCCCCCCAUCCUACCGUGAUGAAGACGUGAUGGCUGAGAGCUGGAGGCAGCACAGGAAGCAUGUGUUUGUCCUGAGUGAGGCAGGGAAACCAAUCUACUCCCGCUACGGCAGUGAAGAGGCCCUGUCGUCCACUAUGGGAGUCAUGAUGGCACUGGUGUCCUUUGUCCAGAGUAGUGACAACAUGAUCCGCUCUGUCUACUCAGACGGGCACACGGUGGUGUUCAUGCAGAAGGGUCCUCUGGUGCUGGUGUCUGUGUCAAGCAGCCGUCAGUCAGAGCAGCAGCUGCGUGCUGAGCUGCUGUACGUCUACUACCAGAUCAUCAGCAUGCUCACCCAGGCCAGCAUCACACGUAUCUUCGAACACAAGAAGAACUAUGACCUGCGGCGACUACUGGCCGGCUCCGAGAAGAUCCUGGAUGGCCUCCUCAACCUGGUGGACUCAGACCCCAGCUUCCUGCUGGCAGCGGUGCACUGCUUGCCCCUGACUUCCUCUCUCAGGGACUCCCUCAGCCAGAUCCUACAGAAGGCCAUCACCCCAAACCUGGUCUUCUCCAUCCUCAUUGCCAAGAACCAGCUGCUCACCAUUGUCCAGGAGAAGACGGUGAUUGAGGACACCAGGCUGGAGCCUGCUGAUGUCCACCUGCUGCUCAACCUCAUUGGGGCCUCCUCUGCCUUCCAGGCUGGAGAGAUCUGGACUCCUAUCUGCCUGCCUCUCUUUAACCCUGACUGUUACUUCUAUGCCUACAUCUCCUACCUGGACCCCCCAGAAUGCACUGUGUGUCUGCUGCUGCUCUCCACGGAUAAGGAGGCUUUUUAUGCGGUGGCAGAGUGUAAGAGGAGGAUAGAGUUGGCCAUGCUGGCUCAGAGCUCUCUGAGGCUCAUUGCCAAUGCCCACUCCUACAGCGUGAGCCAGGUGGGUGUCUCAGACCUCAGGCACUUCAUGUACAAGCCCUUUGAUGUCCCAGACAACCACAAGCAGCUCACCCAGUUCACCAGCCCAGAGAUGGAGGCUCCCUACAGCACGGAGGAGGAGAGGAUGCGGCUGCUGGACCUGUACCGUUACAUGCACGGUCGCAUCCACAGCUCCUGCCGGCCCCUCAAGCUCAUCUACCAUGUGGCAGAGAGGGAAACCCUGCUGGCCUGGGUCACAAGUAAAUUUGAGUUGUACACUUGCUUUAGCCCCUUGGUGACUAAGGCCCGUGCCAUUAACGCAAUAACCAAGCUUCUACGUUGGAUCAAGAAGGAGGAAGACCGUCUCUUUAUCCGAUACCCACCCAAGUAUUCAACCACGCCCAACCCCAGCAAAAGCUCCCGCAAGUCUGACCAGCAGGACUCCACAGAUAAUGGCUUUGCAUCUCUACUAUAGAGCUGAUCUAGCCCUGGCUAUUCCUCUCUGUCAACAGUUUAUACACCGGUUCCACUAGAAGAGGUGUUUGCCACUGACCACAUCCUACAUCUUUUUGGACUUCAUUGAACUUUGACCACUGGACUAUUGAAGGAUGACUUGCCUUCUUGAAACUGACUCUAUUAUUAUUUCUGUACCUUUAUAAGAAAGCAUGUUUAGUAACUGUGUUAGUGCUUUUAGGUUCCAACUUGGUCAGGAAAACUGUAAGGAGAAAGCAAACAUUUUAAAAUUGGCUAGUGGUGGAACUUUCAAUAAUAUCUAAUUGUUUUUAUAUUGUUUUAUUCUAUUGUGACAAAGGUGAGAACUCUUCUCGAAGGCAUAAUAUCUGACUCAUUACAUACAACUAUUGCAAUUCAAGCUUUUGUGGUCAUUGACACUGUAGCACAUUACAAAAAUGAAAGGAAGGACUACCUAGAACUACUCCUGAAUUUCUUUUCAAAUGCCUUGCCAUCAUACUUAUUGCUAGAAACCUUAAUGUUGACCGGAUGACAAAUAGGAAAUUAAUUUUAAAAAGUUUGGUUAUUGGUGGCAUGAACAGAAUUUAAAUGUAUCAAUGUCUUAUUUUGAAAUCGCAUCCUCUAGACAACUGGAAUUGGAAGGAUUACCACUCUUGUAUGUGUCUGGAUAGUCCAUGACAUCACCUCUCUACAUGUUCAUUGUUCUCAGUUGAUACAAUUGUUUGACUGGCAUGUUGUCUUUGAGGUUUAGAUUGUAAAUAAUGCUCUGGUAAUAAACAUUCAGUUACA